UCUGUACAUUGUAUAAUGUUAAAUUCUGCUUCAUGGGAAUAUGCUUAGAUUAUGUUAAUUUUCCUCGACUCGCAAUGCGUUCUAGCUGGUACCUCUAAGCCGAUAAGUCGCAUUAGUUGCUAGGGGCAAUCGAUUAUGUGUUUGGAUGGUAAUAACAAGUUAUUGCGAGACAUUUCCCUCCAAUGAAGCACUUGUGAUGAGAUCUUUGAAAACAAAGAUUUAGAAUAAUCGAUUCCAACCGUCUAACCAUAGGCAUCCUCACGACAGAGAAUGAGGAGGAGCAGUAAGGCUGCUAUGUGGACCAAUGUAGAUGAGCGUGAAGUGUAAAACUACUGUAUUUCAGAAAAGGACCGCAAUACACGCAUGUAGACGUUUGCGCUUUUACUCUGAAGUGUUUCCUCUCUGUGUAGCUUGGCAACCGAAGACGCCGGAAGUUAGCUGCAAACUCGAUCAUGGACCUGGAUGAUGAUUUAGACGCGCUUUUAGACGAAGUGGAGAGUCAGUUUGGCUGUAACGCGCCUUCAAAAAAUACGUCCGUCUGUGACAGCACGGCCUCAAAUGUAAACAGGGAAACAGUGGACACACAGGGCCACCAUCGUCUCAGCCAGGAUGUGGAAGCUCUGCUGCUGGAACUUCAGCCAGAUCACGAGAUCCUUCCAGUACUGGUGACCAAUGAAGCUGGUGGUGCCAUGAUGGAGAGGAAAGCAACAGCCAUGAAGAAGUGCUGUCCAGUCUUCAUUGGAGGGACUGCCAUCCGGUAUGGUUUGGGCACAUCCACAUCUCAAAGGUCAUGUGACCAGCUCAGGUGUACAUCCUGUGACUUCCGAGUGCUGAUGUUUGAUGAUUGUGCAUGGGAUUCCUGUGACUACCUUUUUCUCAGAAACAAUGUUCCUGACCAUGAGAAGCUUUGCGCAAGGCUCAAGAAGAGGCGUGGAGUGCGAGCGUAUGCCUGCCAGUGCAACUGGAUCUCUUCCGAGGAAGUGAGAGACCUGCAAGGCCUCCCGGGUCUCCACUGGGUUUGUGGACAACACCCCACCUAAAGGAGGCCUCCAUGGAGAGCCCUGGAAUGAUCAUUCUGAUGUCAUAUUCAAAAUAAAGUGAAGUCUGCGCUUGUAUUUUCUGCUCACAACGAGUGGCUGUUGACACUGUCAUUAAUGACUGUGGUCACUUUCGCAUCUAACUUGUGCGAGAUUCUGAUGUUCAUUCAUUCAUCAGUGAAACGUGGAGUGACAGCUCACUGGCAUAGAGUCUUGCUCCUGCAUUGGGAAUCAAUCAUAAAGACCAGGUUGUCUGUACAGCCACAUGGUGCUAGAACAGCAAAAGGGUGACAUGCCGUAAAAUCUCCACAAUGGUAGGUGGCGCUCUGCCCUUUACAGAAUCCGGAGCUAAGGCAUUGCAUUAGUUGCUUUUCUUACACCACAUGGAUUCUGUCUGCCUUGAAUGUCACGUACAGAUACUCUUCAUGUUGUCACAACACCUUCUCAGUC